AUGAUUCCAAUUGGAUUUCAACAACAAAAAGAAGUGAUACAUGAUGAUGAACCUAAAGAUCUUUCAAAAACAUCUUUAUCAAAAAAAAUUCCAUUAAUGAAGAUUUCAAAGUCACCGAUUUUAGAGGAAUCUCAAGAAGAUAAAAAUGAUAUCAACGGUAUAAGAGUCCCUAAAAUGAAUUCGCACGGAAAAUUAACAACAUACAAAUGCAAACAAUGCGAUUUUGUCGCAACAACUAAAGUUGAUUUUUGGCAACAUUCAAAAGACAAACAUUACCGCCCAGAAAAAACUUUUUAUUGCAAAUUUUGUCCUUUCGUAACCGAAUUAAAACAUCAUUUCGAAUACCACGUGAAUGGCCACACAGGAACUAAACCCUACAAAUGCGAACAAUGCGAUUAUUCUUGCGUAAACAAGUCGAUGUUGAACUCACACAUGAAAUCGCAUUCGCAAAUUUAUCAAUAUAGAUGUAAAGAUUGUCUUUAUGUUUCGAAAUAUUGUCAUAGUUUAAAAAAUCAUUUAAGAAAAUAUAAUCAUCGACCGUCAGUUGUGCUUAACAUUGAUGGAACGGAAAAUCACCAUCAAAUUAUUGACGUUUAUGGAACGAGAAGAGGACCAAGACCUAAAUUGAAAACGAAUUCAGAAAAAAAUUAUAAUUCGAUUGAAAAUUCGAAGAUUCCUAAAAUUUGUGAAAUUACUCCUCCUCAAAUUCCUUUUCCUUUAAAUCCGGCUAUUUUAAAUCCGUUUAUGAUGAACGAAAUGUUUAUUAGGAUGGCUUUGCAACUCCAACAACGAACUUUAAUUGCUCAAAAUAAUAAUUUAAUUAUUUCAUCAGCUAACUCAAUUCAUAGCAGUGAAAAUACAAGCGACGACGAAGAUAGUAUUAGAGUUUAA